UUGAACUCAUGGCCGAAAUCAUAAACGCAAAAAUCAUCUUCCGUACAUCGGAGCCGCGACCCCAUUGUUGCAACGCCGCCGUGAAGCCACCUAAUCUGCGCCAUGAACUCUCCGCCGAGAGGUAAUUUAAUGUGAAUCAAAGGUAUAAACAAAUUCGAUCCCUUUUCUCCAAUUGAACACUACUAUUUAGUAUUUAUCAUCACUCAUUCUUUCUUUUCAUUCAAAACAACAAAAACCCUACAUUGCUUUUAAUUAAAUUCACUACAACAUCAUGUUCAAGUUCGAUACUUUGUGUCACAAAACCCUUCUCUGCCUCAAUCCCUUAACUUUCUCACCAGUAUCCCAAAACCUAUUACCAUUUUCUCUCCAUUUCUGUACCAACACUUCCAAUUCAUCAUCAUUUGCAGUUUCAUACCUCAUUCACAAUUUUGGAUUCUCCCCACUAUUUGCAAACAAACUCUGCUCCACUUACAGUGUUAAGUUUAAGACUGCUCAAAACCCUGAUUCUGUUCUCGCAUUCUUUACAAACCAUGGUUUCUCAAAAACCCAAUUACACAACAUGAUUGCAAAGGCACCAUGGCUUCUUUCCUGCGACCCUAUCAAAAGGGUUUUGCCAAAGUUUCAAUUUUUUCUCUCCAAAGGUGCUUCUAACUCUGACAUUGUUAACCUUCUCAGUAAGAACCCUACGGUCCUGUGUGCAAGUCUGGAGAAUCAAAUAGUCCCAACCUAUGAAUUGGCUGAUAGAUUCUUGCAAUCUCACAAGGACACUUUUGCUUGUGUAAAUCAGAGUUCAUCUUUCUUUGCAGACAGUGCUGUGCCACAUAACAUCUCAUUGUUGAUUGAGAAUGGAGUGACUGAUUCUAACAUUGCAGCAUUGCUUCGAAGACAGAGUAGGUUAUUCAACAGACGUGACUUUUUGAAGGUGGUAGGGGAAUUAAUGGAUUUGGGGUUUAAUCCUUCACAAUCAUAUUUCUCAAUAGCACUGGUUGCCAAAGCAUCUGUAAAGAAAACCCUGUGGAAAGAGAAAGUUGAUACCUUUAAGAAAUGGGGCUGGUCUGAUGAAGAUGUUCUGGAAGCAUUCAGAAAGCAACCUCAUUGUAUGUUGACCUCCAUUGAUAAAAUUAAUUUAGUGAUGAGUUUUUGGGUCAAUGACUUGGGUUGGGAUGCCAUGGCCAUUGCCAAAAGACCAAGGGUUUUGGGGGCUAGUCUGGAGAGAAGGAUCAAACCAAGAGCAUCAGUUCUGCAAUAUCUUCUGAACAAAGGUUUGCUAAAAAAGAAUGCAAGCUUAACUUCUCCAUUUGUACACAGCGAUAAGUUGUUUCACGACAGAUAUAUAAAACAUUAUAAGGAGGAGUCAUCUUAUCUACUAAAGCUUUAUAAAGAAAAAUUGAAUCUUGCACAUGUCGGAGACAAAACUGACGUGUCAUGAACAAAUUUCAGGAACAGUGUAGAUGUAGAUGUUUCUUUCUUCCAUUAAGCUCACACCAAGAACAAAGUUGGAAAGAUAGUGCUAUUGCUAAAAUUAGGUUGUGUUUCAUUUUUUUGAAUGCUUAACAUUGAACUCAAUUGUUUAAGCAUUAAAAAGUUGAUUUUAAGGUUGCAUAAAUAGUGAUUUAUUUUUUGAAAAACUAUGGAUAGCAGAAGUUGUAUUCUAUUACAAAUAACAAUUUGAAUAAUAAGUUACAGAAGUUGUAUUCGAUUAGAAAUAACAAACUUCAAUCAUAAGUUGCACACUUAUGAAAAUAUUAGAAAUUUGUUUGUUUUUAGAAAUCAGGAAUUGAACAAUGCUUAAUGGUCUAGGAUAGUUACUACAUUUGUGUGUUUA